CCCGAAUUCAUCAAGCAGCUCUCAUCAGUGCUUUCCAAUGUUCAGUGUACGAAUUUCGUGAGGCAAGCUGCUGGUUUGCAGUUGAAAAAUUUCAUCAAACAGAACGUAGUGCAAACGCUAGGAACGGAGCCAUUCCGACCAUCGAUCGCAGCCCAGUGUGUUGCUGCAAUCGCGUGUGCUGAAAUACCAUCUCAGGUUCAUUUCAUUGACUGA